AUGUUAGAGUGGAAGAUGGUCGAAGGCAUCAGAACCCGUGAUUCUGCUGACGUGAUCAGAUUGCUGCCUCCAGGCUGUUGGCGAUCUCCCAUAUCUGGUGCUGGCAUCACCUUCGAUCCACCAUAUUCGGAUAUUGUGUACAGCAAGAUGGAUGUCGAUUUGUAUGUCUACGACCUGUCAAAGGGUCUUGCGCGCAUGUACUCUCUCCCCUUGACAGGGACACAAAUGGAUGCCAUCUAUCAUACAUCUAUCGUGCUCGACGGCGUCGAGUAUUACUUUGGCCAGGGCAUUCAGACCGCCGCUCCGGGGAGUACUCACCAUGGCCAGCCGAUGGAGGUUGUGCAUCUGGGAAGUACAGAGCUUCCCGCUGAUGUGAUUGAAGAAUAUCUCAGCUCGUUGGCUGGCAUCUACACCCCCGAGUCUUACGAUCUCUUUCUACAUAACUGCAAUAACUUCACUCAGGAUCUUUCCAUGUUUCUCGUGGGCAAAGGCAUCCCGGAUAACAUCCGUAAUCUGCCUCGCACGUUUCUCGAGACCCCGUUUGGGAAGAUGAUGAAACCACAGAUUGAGAAUGCCCUGCGCGGUGUCACUCAAGGCACUGGCCCCGGGACUGUCCCUGGUCCAAGUGCUCAGCCACAGGUCCCUAAGACUGUUGCAGCGCCCUGUCCGGCGGGUAAAGUCCGGAUAGUCAGCAGCCUGAACCUACUAGAAAGCGAGCUGGCCGGCGCAUCUCAGACCUGCGCAGUGAUCUUUUUCACGUCCUCAACCUGUCCGCCUUGCAAGGUCGUCUACCCAAUAUAUGAUGAGCUAGCAGAGGAGGCCGGGGAUCGAGGUACGCUCAUCAAGGUCGACAUCGGGUCCGCGUACGACGUGAGCAUGAAGUACGGGGUGCGAGCGACUCCGACAUUUAUGACUUUUCUCAAAGGCGAGAAACUCGACGAGUGGAGCGGUGCCAAUCCAGCUCAGCUCCAGGGUAACGUCCGUAUGUUGCUGGAGAUGGCUCACCCGCCGCAUCCACAUCGCCAGCUCCGGCUUCCGAGCCUGCAGCGGCCAAUCACGAACUUCGUCGCCUACAAGAAAGUGCCUCCACUCGACAAGCUCAUCCAGAAAUUGCCGGUGGCAUUCAAAGACGGCCCGGGCGUAGCGGCCGCCAUUGAGUUCGUCAAAAUCCGCCACUCCGGCAGCAAUCCUGCCGCCGAUGCACGGGUCCCCGAGCUGCCGGCCUUCGCAACGACCCUUCAAUCAACCUACCCAACGCUUCCACGCGACAGUCAGUUUGCGGUGGUCGACCUCGUCCGCCUCCUCUUCCUAGACCCGCGGAUCAGCGGCUACUUUGCCGAAGAAGCGCAGCACAGAACCCUCCUCACGCUCCUCACUCCACUCUCUACCGACGAGCUGUCCACCAGCCCUUACAAUCUCCGUAUCGUCGCCCUGCAACUCACCUGCAACCUCUUCAGCAGCCCUCUCUACACCGAACAACUCGCCGUAUCACCGUCUUCAUCGUCACCUCUUCUCCGCGAAACCUGUCUCCGCCUCGCCACGAACUCGCUACUAGACGCGCACGCCAACCUGCGCGUCGUCGCCGCCUCAUUUGCCUACAACCUCGCGGCCUUUAACCACAACUCUCGGUUCAGCAACGGGACUGACCGUAUCCCGGAAGAAGACCUGGUCGAGCUGACGGCAUCAUUGCUCGAGGCUGUGGCUCGCGAGGACCAGAGUCCUGAAGCAUUACAUGGGCUGUUGUUUGCGCUGGGGUUGCUUGUAUACGAGGCACCUCUAGAUGGCACGCUGGUGGAUCUGUGUCGGGCGAUGAGCGUUGCAGAGACGCUUGGGGCGAAGGCUAAGGUCCCCGCACUGCAAAAGGAGCCGUUACUCAAGGAGAUUGGGAACGAGUUGUUUGGGAAGGGGUUGUAG